AUGGGUGCUGACAAUAGGGGCUCAUCGUUCGCUACCCUAGGCCAGCUUCUGGGAACUGGUCUUCUUGUUCCCUUUAUUUCUUUCCUUCCUCUCUCAGCACCUUUUCUUCCUGGACAAUUCCUUCUUAAGUGUCCAGCCCCACACCACAGGACCAGCACUUCUUGUUUUUAUUGGGGCCACCCUGCCCCUUACUUCUCUACGGGGGUCCCACUGUCGUUUCCCGAUCGCUUAUUCUUCUCGCGAAGAGGGACUAACUCUGGCCUCGUGUCCUCCGUAAUUGCAGGUCCAGCAUACCAUCCCGUACAGUCCCAGAGUGGACUUAUAAAAUCCGUACCGUAUAUCCCAUUCCUUCCGGUUGGGGUCGGCCUCCCAAUCUUCUUCCUUCGCGUCCUUACAGGGUUUUAUGUUCACUAUUCUAUUCCUGGAGCUUUUUUCUGUACUCUUCCAACACCUGAAUCUUUGGGCCCCUUGGUCUCUUUUGUUUCUUAUCCUUUCCCAGAUCCUCUCGCUCUUUUUAGCUACCUCCAGGGCCUUCGUCAGCCUACAGGGCCUACUCUUAAGGACUCCCCCCCUCACGUCAUUAUCAUGGAUGGCGUCCAUAAAAGCGUCCGCUAA